AUAGAAAGUUUAAGUUUUAAGUAUUUGUUCUACUUUGUUCUUGCACCUGUCAGAUUUUGCCACUUGGCUGCUCUUGGUCGCGCUGACUUGUUCUCUCUGGCACGUGAACAUGUCCAGCCCAGUGGUGACGCGCAACCGCCCGAUAACUGACAACUGUCUUACUACUGCGCAAACACUACUUUGGAACAUCACGGACGCACUUGCACAGGAACAACUGUUCAAAGGAAUAAACUGCACGGACCAGGAUAUGGAGUUGAACACGAGAACACAGACGGUGCAAGUGUGUGCGCCAAAGACCAAAAGCACUCAACAACACUCAACAUGUUCCAGAGUGACAAAUGUAAAGUUUGAUCAGGACAAGUGUCUGAGGAACAUUGAGGAGGAUCUGCGUUGUUAUAGUGACAUGCUACAAGCUAUUGACCCCAAACUGCUUGGACCCAAUGUGCUGCAGAGCCUCGGGGAGAUUAAGGAGAACUGCUUCCCCUCGUCUUUGUUGGGAGUCUGGUCCUCUCAGCAGGAUACACAAGGUUGUAGGCCUACUCAAGGUACUGCUAACCAAAAUUCCUUUGAUGAAAGGGUACAUUUGUGUAAAGUGCUGAAGGGGCUCCAGGUUCGCACCGUAACCAUCAACAGAAUCAUUGGAUAUAUUCAUGCUGGAGAACACAAUAUGUAAGUUGGCAUGUCAUCAUGGACCUGGCAAGUGCCUAUGCUGUUGGAGACUAUUCCUCAUCGCCAUCAUCGUCGUCAUCACCAUUCUCCCAAGGGAAAAAUAAUGAUUUCCAUGACCAAACAAAGUUGCCUUGUCCUGUGGACAAGUGUUCUUUAAUAUUAUCAUCAAAUAACAGUCUGAUUAAGCUAUUGAGGAUUUAGAAUUUACAGGAGUCAAAUAUUUAUGACUUAAUAUAUAAGUAUUUAAUCUAAGUAUUUAUUUGUUGAUAUUUUUUUUUGAAAAGCUAAAUAAUAUUAAAUGUGAUAUUCAUUAUCAACCUAAUGGGUUGUAUUAUUUAUUUGCCUAAUUUAUGAUUUAAAAAUAUUUAUUUUCUACAUAUCAAUAUAACUUAUUUCAAUGUUUACACAGUUUUUGUUUGAACAUCUCCAAAAUAAAAUGCAUUUAAGCAAUGAAUU